GACACAUUCGACAAGCGGCGCCGUAACGGGAAGCAACGCGCGGCUGGGGACCUCGAAGGACCUCUCUUCUGGUCACGAGUCACCCUACCGACACUUUCGUGUCGACGAUAUACGCACCACGUUGCCGUCGCCCGCUACUCAGAUUACCGCUGCUCGCCGCGUAUCCAGGCUCGAUCACUUCAUCCCAAGUGGAUCGUUCGAAGAUCUCGGAGGAGUCGCGCGUACACGCUGGGGACCCGGAUCGAGGAACUGUCAACGGAGAAUCGAAGAUCCUCUUCGGUAACAGAUCUCUAUCAACUUAUCGUUUACCAAGUACGUGCCACGCGUAUAGUAAGUGACUAUGGAGAGUGACGAAGUUUAGUGAAGAUCGCGAAGAGUCGGACAGUAACGAACAGAAGACUGUGAGACUUUUGUAAAGGAAACCGAGUGAGUAAAUAAAUAUACAGUGGUGAGUGAAACAAAAGGAAAGAACACUUUGCAGUGUCGAUCGAACUCGUGAUAUAGAAUUAAAGGGACGCAUGUGCGCCGACACGCGGUCGGCUACCGAUUUAAUGGUGUGACAGGUUGACUGUUUCUCAGAUAGGUACGGGCAUUGGUGAGAAAUCGCGAGGAAUCGAGGUCAAACGACUCGAUUGAUGCACUCUCGUGAAGAAUCGUGGCGGUGGAGAGGAGCGUUCUGACCGAGAGGUUACGGUCUCUCUCGAUCAGCCGCGAAGAAGGUUCUCGCGAAGGGUGGCAACGAGAAGGAGAAAGCCUGUUGCCCCAGGAGAGUCCGUACGGCCUCACGACGCGGUCCGACGAGUGGAGCGGUCUCCUGCCCAGCUCCACGAUCGUGGGUGCUGGGGGGUCGCCAUGGCUCGGACUCGGCGCAGGGGGUGGCACGGGAGCUACCACCGGGGGCGGAAGCCCCGUCGAACUCGAAGGCCACUGGGGACGUAAGCUGUACGGGGCGAGUGUAGCUCCACCACCUCCACCGCCUCAUCACCACCCGCGGGCGCCUCUCGUUUUCGCGCCUCAGGACAUGAGGCAAAUACUCAAGGAGGAACCCGUGCCACGUGCUUGGCCACAGCCCGCGCUUGCCGAUAACGGAACGGUUGGUGUCGGUAGAGCUCACUUCGAGAAACAACCACCAAGCAAUUUGAGAAAAAGUAACUUCUUCCAUUUUGUGAUCGCUCUUUACGAUCGACACGGUCAACCGAUCGAGAUAGAGAGGACUUCUUUCAUGGGGUUCGUCGAAAAGGAUCAGGAAUCUGAAGGCCAGAAGACAAACAAUGGCAUUCAGUAUAGCCUGCAUCUGCUGUAUUCUAACGGUGUCAGACAGGUGCAGGACAUCUAUGUGAGGCUUAUCGACUCUGCAACGAAACAGGCUAUCAUGUAUGAGGGACAAGAUAAAAAUCCUGAAAUGUGUAGGGUUCUUCUUACUCACGAGGUGAUGUGCAGUCGAUGUUGCGAUAAGAAGAGCUGCGGAAACCGAAACGAAACACCAAGCGAUCCUGUUAUCAUCGAUCGAUUCUUCCUCAAGUUCUUCCUCAAGUGCAACCAGAACUGCCUUAAGAAUGCUGGCAAUCCACGUGAUAUGAGACGCUUCCAAGUGGUCAUUUCCACGCAAGUAGGAGUAGAGGGACCGCUACUGGCCGUCUCGGACAACAUGUUCGUCCACAACAACAGCAAACACGGACGUAGAACGAAACGAUUGGAUCCCAGUGAUCCUGGUGAAUACAACAGUCUCUAUACACCUGUACCUCUUCAAACACCGUGCAUAAAAGCGAUAUCACCAAACGAAGGCUGGACAUCCGGUGGAUCCACGGUAAUAAUUAUUGGAGAGAACUUCUUCGACGGACUUCAAGUCGUUUUUGGGUCGAUGUUGGUUUGGAGUGAGCUAAUUACACCAAACGCAAUUAGAGUACAAACUCCACCACGACAGAUACCAGGCGUCGUUGAAGUUACGUUAUCCUACAAAACUAAACAAUUCUGUAAAGGAGCACCUGGUAGAUUUGUUUAUGUUUCGUUAAACGAACCCACGAUCGACUACGGCUUCCAAAGGUUACAGAAACUUAUUCCACGACAUCCAGGAGAUCCUGAAAAAUUACCAAAAGAAAUCAUAUUAAAAAGGGCGGCGGAUCUUGCAGAAGCCUUAUACAGUAUGCCGAGAAGCGGGAACGCUGGAAUUACGGGAGCACCUAGAAGUCCAGGAUCGGGCCAUCCACCUGCACCACCAACAUCUAGUUCGGCAACAGCAUUCAACUCGUACACAGGACAACUUGCAGUGACGGUACAGGAAAACGGUAGCGCGGCGAAAUGGACAGACGACGGUAGUUCCGUGACGACAGGAGCUGGUGCUGCAGGCGGAGGUGGCGGUGGUGGUAGCGUCGGAGGAAGCGUCGGUGGUAGCGCCGACGCCUAUAGGCAAAGCAGUAGCGCGAGUCCACGUGGAGUCGUGACCGGUGGUGGUUAUUGCGGAAGUUCUGCUAGCACACCUCACAGUCACAGCACAAACGGAAGUUACUCGGUAGCCAAUCCGUACACUGGUAGCCCGACCCUUUAUACAUCGCUGGGUAUGUUGCAGGACUAGGAGAAGUGGUCGGUUCACCAUUCAACAUGAAUCCAUUUAUGUUGCCCACCUGCAGUCAAGGAUAUUCAAACGCCGCCAGUCCAUUGCUCUCGUCGAACGGCAAAUAGUGUUACGAGAUGUAAGCUCCGACGAAAAUAUCGAGGGGCUAUAUGUUCACGAAAGCGACAUCCAUCGAUGCACAGGAUUUCAACGAAUUUGCAUAUUCUGAUAAUCAUCGUAUUCGCGAUUGACAAUGGCUUUCUUGAAUCGAAACCGGUCCUCUCGAUUCACGCACUUUACCUUUUCUCCAGUUGCCGCGUAACGGAAGAAGAAACCGUCGCAGAAAAGCAUUUGUGUAAUGAUUUUCGUCGGAGCUGAGCGAUGAAUUCAGUUUUAGUGUGAGAAUAUAUCGAAACCAGAGCAAACAAAAAUCGAUAACGUUUUAUCAUUAACGAUGAUCGAAUAAGUUAAGGAAUGAUACAUAUCGAAGCACAUAGGGGUGUUUUCUUCAUCUACUGAUAUAGUCGUUCGGUUCACAUGUAUAAUACAAUUUUUAGAGAAUGAAAUCGAAUACAUCCGUUUCUUUGUUAAGAAAUAUCGAAUAAAUUUACGAAUAAAUUAUUUCUUUUAUAUAUCUAAUUAUUUAUCGUAAAAUUGUAUUUUAGAACGAAUUGAUUUGAUAUUUAUUUUAACAAAAGGAACUGAAACUCGUUCAAAUUGCUAUUUAGUAAGUAAAACCAUAAUUAUUUAAACGAAUCGUAACGUGCUGUUCUAGUAAUCGAAUUUACUACUAGUUUAAAUAAUUAAUCGAUCUUAUCAGUGUUUCGAGGAUCGAGUUUUCUAUUCUGUCAUAGAAUGUAAAAUUAAAUGGCAAUUUGGAGGAUUGAUUAGCAUUUCUGAAAAGCAGCCGAAUGACUAUUCUCUUUUCGUGUCUCCGAUAUCGCUAUUUUUAAUCUAGCUAUCUCGAUACGAAAAGAUCACUCUUAUCGAUAGAGUCGAGUACCUCCUUUGCCCUGCGUCUCCUCUCGUAUACGAAAUUAUUAAAAAAGUUCUAAAACUUACGACAAAGUAUUUUCAAGGUGUUUUUCUUCAACUUUGUAGUACGAUGUUUCUAACGAUAUAAACGCCUAGUUGUUCGAGAGUUACAGAAGAGGCAAUAGUAUACGCAGGCGGGGACGUUCACAGGGUGCUGAGCAAUUUUAUAUCAAAGCAAGCAAAGAGGCUAACGAGGGUCUAGGAAAUAAAACUGACACCACUAGACGGACAUAUCGCUUAUCACUGAAUAACAGACAUCAUAGUUUUAGAAAGCAUUUUCGAGUUUGAAAUUUUAUCUUCCUACCCGUACGUUUUAAGAGACUAACCAAUAUCGGCUAGGUAGCGUAACAUCUAACUUGUAAUUUGUAAAUUUCCUUGUAAAUAUUGUUGCGAUGUACAAAAAGAUAAAAACUAUUUCCAGGAAUCCAACGAAACGAUAUUAACGUGAUUGUAGGGCGAAAAUUAUUAUACAUAGAUGUAAAUAAUCGUAGAGCGUCAUAGCUUUAUUCAUAUUGAUUAAUACGCUGGCGAUCCAAUCUUUUAACGGGCAAAUCGACUGCGUGAUCAUAAUGAUAAAUAAAUAAAUACUCCCAGCUGUUUUCCAUGGAUAUUUCUACUAUCGGUAAAAAAGAAAACUUGUUUCUUCCAACGUGUACAUUUAUACUGAUUCGUAUUCAUGAAAAAAGAAGAAAGAAGGAAACGGUGAUUAGAAUGUCUGAAGGGAAAAUCACGGAUAACGAUAUGAAUUAGGAAAUAACGUUAAAAAUUGGAUUCGUCCGUAGCAAUUGUAUAGAAACGUAUAGUUGAUUUGAAUCGUUCGAUAAGCCGGCCCAAAACUAAUUUCAC